CUCUCCGGAAGGAGCUGAAGCUGGGUUCCGCUUGCUCAGGUUGCGGGCCCCGGACGGCGUAGUUCUCCAGGUGCCCCCCAGGUACUCACUGGCUCUUGUUACUCGCUGUUUAGCAGAACUGAAAAUUUCCCACCAUCCCUCCAGUGUAGCAGUGACUGAUGGCUCAUGAAGCAAUGGACUGUGAUCUUCAAGUACCAUUAGAUGGUACUGUAGAGCAGGCUCCUGCAUCUGAAGUUGCCAGCCAAGGGACACCUCUCCUCCAGCCUGCCCUUGCUGAAAUGGUCAAUAGCCAAGGAGGAGCCCUUGGUCAGCCUGCGCCUGCUGAAGUGGUCAGCAGCCAAAGUGGACUGCACCCCCUACAGCCUGUGCCACCAGCAUCCAUUGAUUUGACAGAGGAAAUACAGCCCUCAGAAGAAAAUAUGGAGACUGCCAAUCCAGGAACUUCUGAGGAGCAUGGACAGGGAUCUGAUGCUAACCAAACUGUCCAAGCUGCUACGGAAGCUUCAAUGAACAACUUCAUCAGUGGGCUGCAGAGACUUCAUAACAUGCUGGAAUUGCUGAGACCUUCACCUUCAGUCCAUAGUGUGGGGCCAGUGAGAACACGGAGAAGAGCGGCAUCUAUUUUGAGGGCAAGAACUGGAGGGUCUCAGAGGCCAAAUGCUACCAGGUUAAGAACACCAGUAUAUGCCUACUUUCAGGUAAGCAGGUCUCAGCCUUAUGUACCGGCCACUGCUCCUGCUUCAGAGACUAGGAAUCCAACAUCAGGUACUGAUUCUGACAGUGACAGCUCUGAAGAGAAUGAAGAGGUUGUUGUCCAGGCAGAAGAACCUGAAGCUAACAUCCCAGAACAAGGAGUUAUCUCAGCAGAACAAGAAGCAGCAUCUGUCACAGGAGGUGAUGCAGUCCUUAAGGAGCAGUCUCCCCAGAAACCCAGCGUUCUACCUUCUGUGGACAAUGAUGAAGAAGGGGAAACUUGCACAAUAUGUUUGGAACAAUGGACCAGUGCUGGGGACCACCGUCUCUCAGCCUUACGCUGCGGGCACCUCUUUGGCUAUAAAUGCAUUUCUAAGUGGCUCAAAGGACAAACACGAAAAUGUCCUCAGUGCAACAAGAAAGCCAAGCACAGUGACAUCGUCGUCCUUUAUGCCCGAUCCCUCAAAGCUUUGGAUAAUAGUGAACAUGAACGCAUAAAAAGUGAUUUACUGAAUGAACAAAUGCUUAGGAAGCAGGCUGAGUUAGAAUCUGCACAGUGCCGGCUCCAACUUCAGGUCCUCGUUGAUAAAUGCACUAAACUCAACAACCGUGUCAAGGACUUAGAAACUCUGAUGAUGCGGCAUGAGAAGCAAAUUCUACAGAAACAGAAGGGCUCCCAAGCAGUCUGUGGGAACUGCUUAUCCUCCAGCCAGAACCAGCACAAAUACCACUUCCAAAAGACCUUCUCCAUAUCUCAGACAGGAAACUGCAGAAUCAUGGCAUACUGUGAUGGCUUGAGCUGCCUGGUGGUUUCACAGCCUUCUCCUCAGUCUUCCUUCCUUCCAGGCUUUGGUGUUAAGAUGUUGAGUACUGCCAACAUGAAAAGCAGUCAGUAUAUUCCUAUGCAUAGCAAGCAGAUACGUGGAUUAGCUUUUAGCAGUCGAUCCAAAGGCCUGCUGCUCUCUGCUUCCUUUGACAACACUAUUAAACUGACCAGCCUAGAAACAAAUACUGUGGUGCAGACUUACAAUACUGGACGUCCUGCUUGGAGCUGCUGCUGGUGCCUUGAUGAAAACAAUUACAUCUAUGCCGGACUGGCCAAUGGUUCAAUUCUGAUGUAUGACCUUCGGAACACAAAUGCCUAUAUACAGGAGUUAGUUCCUCAGAAAGCCAGAUGUCCUUUGGUAUCCCUGUCCUACUUACCCAGAGCUGCUGUGGCUGCAUUUCCUUAUGGUGGGGUGCUGGCUGGAACCUUGGAGAAUGCCUCCUUCUGGGAGCUAAAGACAGACUUUUCUCAUAAGCCUCAUGUGCUGUCCUUGGAGCCAGGGGGCUUUGUAGACUUUCAGACAGAGAGUACUACCCGACACUGUCUCGUGACUUACAGGCCUGAUAAAAGCCAUAACACCAUACGAACUGUGCUGUUGGAGAUGUCUUACAAACUAGAUGAUGCUGGAGAGCCAGUCUGUUCCUGCCUUCCUGUGCAAACAUUCCUUGGGGGACCCACUUGCAAACUAUUGACCAAAAGUGCCAUCUUCCAAAGCCCAGAGAAUGAUGGCAGUGUCCUAGUAUGUACUGGGGAUGAAGCAUCAAAGUCGGCCCUGUUGUGGAAUGCUGGCAGUGGCUUGUUGCUGCAGGACCUGAAGACUGAUCAACCUGUCUUGGACAUUUGCCCAUUUGAAGCAAAUCAGAACAGCUAUUUGGCCACCUUAACUGAGAAGGCUGUCCAUUUUUAUAAAUGGGAGUGAGCAUGGUUUUGAGACCUUCCAGACAUGCUACUGGUUAAUGUUAAGUAUUGCAUAGUAGCCCUGAACAAGAUACCUGUAUAUAAUCUGUAACUAGAACUUUUGGAUCAUGUGUUCAUUUGUGAUUCUAGGUCAUGGAUACACUAAGAUUGUGUAUACUAUUUGAAACAAAAGAGUACCUUUGUGAAUCUUGCCUGGAAAUCCUUUAUUUCAAUUCUGCAGGAUGUUACAGUCCUCACAACUAUUAUUUAGGAUAUGAGUAUGCACAGCACUUUGGGACUGUGAUUACCAAUCAGCCUGAAUUGUCUUGGGUAGAUAGAAUUUGACUUAUUUCCAAGUUUGAAUGCUCAUAACCUUUAGUGACUUGAUCUCACCCACACCCCUGGGCUGUCUGCCCCCAGUGUCUGGUACAGCAUGUGGUAUGUGUUGUGGUAACAACAUUUACAUUCCAGGAAAAUAUACAUGGUUGCUAGGAUGUUGACAAGUCCAGUGAUGGAGGUGGUUGAUGAGCUAGCUAUAUAUAGAGCCAUAGCUACAGCUUGUAUACAUUAAGGUCAUUGCAUUGUGGGAGAAAAGGACCAGUUGUGAAAGACUUCGAUUUUUCUAGUUAGUGUAGAAUCCUCAGGGGUGUUUAUUCCCACCAAGCCUGUGCUUAAAGAUGUACAAAUCCCAGGUAAAGACUUCCCUGUGUGAAAUGUUUGAUUCUGAGUUCCUUUGAUUUGCCUCCCAAUUUUUUCUGAAAGUGUUGUUAGUAGUGUGGUUAUUCUCAGGAAAGUAGUAGUGCUUAGGCCUGUGGAUGACAGAAAGGAAGACAUUUAGAAACUUCCAUUCUGGUAGUCCUGAGCUGUCCAUCAUUUAGAGUUAUGCUCAGGUUCCAUUUGUCUACUUUGCUUUAGGCUACUCCUAACCCACUGCCCCUACGACACCUUGUCUCAAGAUAUAGACAACAUGGCCGAUUGUCUCAAAUAUUUGUUGGUGAGGCAUUAUCCUUUUUAAUAAUUGUUCUGUCCUGCCUAUCAAACUUGUGAGCUGUUUUGGGGGUCUUUAUUACCAGCAAGGUAUUUUUAAGGUUAAUUUUCCCAGAAUUCUAAGUUGUGGCUAUAUGUAUUUAAUGGAACCUAUUUGAAGAUACUUCUUUGGGUGGGUGGGUGGGUGGAUGGUUGGUGAUUGGUUUUAAAUUUAAAGCUUUAAAAAUAUCAGGUUCCACAUCAUGGGAAGAAAGCCUCCCUCCCUCCCCCUUUUAAAAGUAUCUGCCUAGGCCUGGAGCUUCAGGGACAGGAUAGGAUUUAAAUUAAAUAGAACUCAAAUAACUUCAGCAGAUGGCCACAGAGAAAGCUCUGGGUGUCAGAUUGAUCUGGGGGCAGGGUUAGGAUUUGAUUGGCCUUGAAGAAUGUUUAACUAAGGCUGACUGGGGAGGUUUACUAUCACACAGAAACUAAGUCAAUAAAUACCAAGCCUUGCCACGUUUUGCAUUUCCACAAUAAAUUUAGAUUGCGGUAGGAGGGUGCCAGGGCCUCCCCGCUUGUUUUUUUUUUUUUUUUUUUUUUUUGCUCUAGCACUGAGCUCUAUCAGAAAUCCAAAUCUGUGUUUUGGAAGCAGAUUCACAUGAUAGACUGAUUCUCUAAAGAACUCCUUACCCUACCCCCACCCCUACUUGCAAGAAACAUCAUCUCUAGACCCAGACUCCAAUCUUAGCACCAGCAAGAUGUUUGUUUUUAAAUCUUGUCAUAAUACAUUGGGAUUUUUGAAUAUUUGCUGUGUUUCAAUGUUUGUUGUAAUGUUAGUAAAAUAAAGAAUUUGCCAUAUAUAACAUCAA